AUCGACCUGCUGCUCAUUGGUAAAACAGGCAAUGGCAAAAGUGCCACCGGAAACACAAUUUUAGGCAGGGACUAUUUUGACAGCAGAGGAUCCAUGUCAUCUGUCACACAGGAAGUCCAAUAUGAGUUUGCAGAGUACAAAGGCCGCAGCAUUACAGUUGUAGAUGGACCAGGUGUUGGGGAUACUAGCUACAAGGAUAUAGUGAAGGCCACGAAAUUUGUCAUAGCUGCCAUGCAGGAUGCCGUGCUUCUAAAUCCAAAAGGCUACCACGCGUUUCUCUUGGUGGUCCGCUAUGGUGGCAGAUUCACUGAGGAAGAUAGUCACGUGAUUAAAAUGUUAAAGGCGAUCUUUGGUCAGGAUUUUGUCAAAAACUUUUUUAUAGUGAUUAUGACGUGUGGAGAUAACUUCGCGAAAGAGGAAAUCGAAAAAAAUGGGAAAACUUUUGUAAGUUGGUGCAGAGAACAAACAGGCAUAUUUCAACAGUUGCUCCGCGAGUGCAAGUACAGGGCCAUUCUUUUUGAUAACAGGACUAAAGAUGAAAAGGUCGUAAAUGACCAGAUUAAAACGCUAAUGGACACAGUCGAUGAGCUUAAAUCUGGCGGGGAAAGGUACACGGACGCCAACUUCCAAAGUGUACAGAAAUCACGCGAUGAUCUGUUACUCACAUUGAGAGAACCCGUCAUCCGACAAGACACUUUUAGACAAAUCAGCCUCAUCAUUCAUGAAUUUGAAAGGUUGUCAAGCGGGGAUGUUGAGGACAAACUCGAAAGGUUAGACGGCUUAAUUGCGAAAACCGAAGGGCUGCAAAAAGAGAUUAGUGAAGAGGAUCAUGGGACGGGAAUUUUGGAAGAAUCCCUCUCCUCCGUGAAUCAGCUGGCGAAAGCUUUGGAGAAUAAAGUUAUGUUCGAAAUACAAAUGAACGAGAUCCAUUCAGAGAUGGCGCGACGGGAAGCGGAAUUAAAAGAAAGAUACGAAAAGGAAACACGUGACUAUGUUGAGCAACUGAAG